AUGAGAUAACAUUUCUUAUCGGAACCAAACUUUAUGACUUGUCCUAGGAUAAGUGAGAGAGAAAAAUAACAAAGAUAGAGUCCUUAUUUUUAUAAUACUUAUAUAUAAAAUAGACAUGUUGAUUGUUAAGGAGAAGCAUAUGAUAAACGAGAUUUAAGUAAUGCAAGUAAAGAUAAAUAAUUGUUGAAACCUGAAACAGUAAGAUAAAACAAUAGAUUAAAAUCAAAACCAGCAGUAACAAGAUUGAUGAAAAAAUAAAUUAUAUCAAAUUUUUUAGAAAAUAAGAAACUAUUUUAUAGUGUAACACCAAUGUAGCCAAUUUAUGACCAAUUUAAACGAAGAAAUGAAUAGAGAGAAAGGGAUAGAAGAUUUUAGAAUAAAUAUUUUGAUAAGAGUUAUAAACAUUAUUUGAGUAGAGCAAUACAAUAUACACUUUAAUAAAUAUUAAACUUUCUCACUAUGGAUGAUGUAUUUAAAGUAAGAUUGGAUAGAUAUGAUUAUGAUAGAUAUUUAAAUAGAUAACCUAAAUUACUAUAAAAUAGUGUAACUUCUUCAGAUUUGUUGAUAUUGCAAUAAAAUUAAAUAGAGAAUGAAUUGACUUCUAAUAGAAAGAUUUAAUUAAUACUAAAUGUAUUUAAUGAUCCUCAUUUUGGUGCUAAAGAUAGAGAAGUCUUAUAUUAAGUUUUAAGAUUUUAAAUAUGUCAAGCUUAGAAAUAAGUAGUAAAGUUAGAAAAGGCAAGUAUGGGUAUAAAAGGUUUGAAUAAAUUUUAGAAUAAGAAAGAAGAUCAUUUAGAAUAAAUGGCAAUUAUUAUUGAUUUUUUGUAAAAUAAUUAUGAAAAAUUAGUUAAAUUACUCUGA